AUGUCACCCUCAUCUGAGUCAUCUAUUCAACCUGAUACUCCUUCAUCUACACCUUUAGAAAUAUCUAGUUCAUCUUCCAAUGGUGAACUGAUAGUAGCGAAGACUUCAAAUAUCAAAAAGAUCGAAGUAAAGAAUAUCACAUCAUUGGAUUGUCGAAUACUUCAAUAUCAAUAUGCUAUCACUAAACUAGAAGUGUUCAUAAAGAGUUUAAAAUCAUUAAGUUCAAAAUGUGCGAUUGAAGUUCCAUCCCCCACUGCAUCUUUAACUUCUUCUUCAUCCACUAAUCAAGCAACAACUCCAAUGGAACCAAAUGGUAGUAUUGAAUCAAUCUCUACCAAACCUGAAUUGAAAUUUGAAAGUUUACCUCUUUUACAAUUCAUCGUGCUAUUAACAGGGAAUGUCUUUGCUAUAAGCGAUAGUUCAUUUAAUGCCAAACUAGAAUUAUUAUCAAACUUCAAAUUAUUCAAAUCAACUCCUGUUAAUAUCACCACCACAACCACCCAUAUCUCAUAUGAUACACCUGAUACUCAUAUGACUGCUUUAAAUGAAUUACCAAAAAUCAGCUUAGCUUUGAAAUGUUUAAAAGCUUUGGAAAUACUAAGUGGUCAUUGUUUACAAGGGUAUAGAAAGAGACUUGCACAAGCUAAAAUUGAACAACAGAAAUUAUAUGGAAUUGAUCGAUCUGAUUAUUAUACUGUUCUUGAAAGAAUUAUUCAAGAUGAAAUAUUCAAUGCUAAAGAAGAUAUUGAUCUUAAUUUUUCAAAUGUGAUAUUUGAUUUACCUAAAGAUUCCACUUUAUUACAGAAUGAAAAUUUCGUAGAGGGAAGUUUAAUUGAUAUGGAUAUUAAAAUGCUUUUCUUAAUCAAUACUCAAUUAAAAUCAACUUUAAAUGAUAAAUUAAAACCAUUAAUAACUCAAUUAAAAACUUUAAAACAUACUCCAAAUAAAGCUGUGGAUAAAUUCAGUUUACAUAAAAUCUUCUUAUUGACAUUAAGAUUAAAUGAAAUGUAUACUAUUUUCCGAAAAGUGGGGAGAAAGAUAUAUUUAUCAAAUCAAGAUCAUCUUACUGAUUCUCGAUUCUUACUUCAAUUGAAAAAUGCCAAUUAUUUCAAAUCCCACUACUUAACAAAUUUAAAUGAUAUGCUUAAUUCCAUGAAAAAGAAUGGUACUUUGAUUGCUAAUUUAACUAGAUUAAUUCGUCAAGAUUCUCAAUUUGAAGUUAAUAUUAAAAAUGUUAAUGAUUUGAUUAAUUUCGUUAAUCAAGGUUUCGUAAUGUUAGAUGGAUCACUUGAGAAAGUGAUAUCGUUUGGAAGAGAAUGGAUUACAUCUGAACUUCGAUUUAGGAAGACCUACCAAUUACCCAAGAAGAAUUUAUUUGAUGUUUAUCAAAUGUUUCAUGAAGGUGGAAUACCUCAGAUUAAUAUUACAUCUGCAACUGGAAGAUCAUUGGUAGCCUCUCAAAAGGCAAAUGGCGUUAGUAGUAAUGAAUUAGAAGCAUUCCCAUCAACUAAUAAGACUGGUUUGGAAAAGGGGUUGAAGAAACUUGAAAUUGGGGAGAAAACAGUUACAAGAGGAUCUCGAUCAUCAUCAAUAUCUAGUAUUGGAAGUAAUGGAAGUAAUAAUUCUAAACCGUUAUUAAGAAAGAAUUCACUUACUUCUCCAAGUAGAAAUGCUUUCCUAACCACUCAAGCAGCAGCAGGAACUCCAACUUCAUCACCUAUCAGAGCAAGACCUAACUCCCAAAUAUUCUUAAAUCAUAAUUCGUCAUUAUCAAACAUAGAAUCGAAUGGGAAUGAUGCUAGUAACGCAAGUACUACUUCAGUUAUUGGUAGAAGAAGAUCAAAUUCUCAACCAAUUAAAAGUGCAUCAACACUUUUAGAUGAGAAGAUAGCUACUUCAGGUGCUGCAGCAGCUUUAACUCGAAACGGUAGUAUAUCAUCAAAUUCAUCUAAUAAUUCAUUGAGAUCUCCUAGUGGAAGUAUUAAUAGGAAACCAGUACAACCAACUUUAAAUACCAUCAAGAACUCAGCUAUUUCUCCAACUCCAGUAAAUAAUAAGAAUAAAAAAUUAUUGGUUGUUGAAGAAGAAGAAGAUUCUCAGUCAUCGAAAUCUUCCCCUAAACUAAGUGCAAAUCAAAGAUUGCAACAACAUAUAAGACAGGCUGCCAAAUCAGGUUCGAUGAUGACACAACAGAAGGAAAUAUUGACUUCUGUUACAUUCGAUCCUAAUACUCCUUCUGCCACUCCUAUCAGAAGAUAUAUUGAUGUACCAAUUAAGGAAACCCCAUCUCCUGAGCCGUUAAGUUCAUCGCCACCAUUAGUACUCAAUACAGUUGUAGCUACUACUAAUACUAUCGCAUCUCCUAAGCCAAAGAGAACCAGAGAUCAAGUUACAAGACUAAAUACUCAACGUAAUAGUGUGACUCCACAAUUACCAGAAGAAGGAGGUGAAGUACCAUUAUCUAAAUCUCCCUCAUCAUCUACCCUUUCAUCAAGUAAUAAUAGUAGUAGCAAUUCUACUUUGAAGAAGGUAAGAUUCACAGGUGUAGCAGAAUAUACUGCUGAAGAAGAUGCUCCAACCAAGUAUUCUCAUGCAAUCUUGCGAAACUUUGCCAUGUUUAGAAAUCCAAUCAAAGUCAAUGUUAAACAUUCAUCUCCAUCUACAUUCAAAAAGAAAGAUCAAUUGUUAAAGAAAGAAGAAAGUAUAUCAUUUAAAAAGCAAGUCCAUAAUCCAAUAGAUGAAGAAAUCAUAUCUGAUGCCCCGCCUCCACCUCAACCUUCUGCUCUUGCUCAUGCUCAGAUCGCAGCUGCUAGAAGUAAUGGUAUAUCUAAAAGUGUAUAA